UUGUGUCUUUCUAAACCAAGAUUUCCGCAAAAAGCUUCCUCUGGUUGACUUUUUAUUUGAAAUUUUUGAUAGUAAGCAAUUACAGCUUUAAAUUCCCAACAACAUGACAAUGUUAUUAAAGAUUUGUACGCGUGUAGAAUAUUAUUUGAAUGUCUAUUUAGUUCCCGCAUUUUUCAUUUAUCUCUACAACUUGUAGAUAUAAAUAUACUCAGUUGCCUUGUUUUCUAUCAUAUAUUACAUCCCAUUGCAAUACGAUUCCUAUACCACUAUAGAAAUUUAAUGGUCUUUUUUGUUUAUACCUUUGAAUGUUUUUAUUGGUAUUUAACACAGAUAAGAUUUUAUGAUUUUUAGUUUUAUUAAAAAUGAGUGGAAGAAAAAAUCGUGAAGCUGAUGGUGAAAUAAAAAGAGAACGAAUAAGAGUUUGCGUCAUUGGAGCUGGUGCUGCAGGAUUAUGCUCAGUUCGUCAUCUCGCUAGUGACUUGCAGAAAUUUGAACCCGCGGUUUUUGAACAGUGUGAUGUUAUUGGUGGAACAUGGGUUUAUACUGAAAAAGUUGGAUUUCAUAAUGGGCUUCCCAUUCAUUCAAGCAUGUAUAAAGAUCUUAAGACAAAUAUUCCUUUAAAACUGAUGAAUUUUCCUGAUUUUCAACGCAUGAAUCAAUCUCAACCAAGCUGUGGAACUCAUCAACAAAUUUUAAAAUACCUACAGGACUAUGCCGAUCAUUUUAAUCUUUGUCAGUACAUUCAGUUCAAUACCAGAGUUGAAAACGUUUUACCAAUAACUGAAGACGAUAAUUGGCACGAAACAACGUGGAAAGUAACUAUAAAAAAUAUAUUGACCCAAAAAACUGAAGAUAAAUAUUUUGAUGCUAUUUUAGUUUGUAACGGACAUUAUGUAGAUCCUAUUAUACCAUCAAUUUCUGGCAUUGAAACAUUUUCUGGAGAUUUGAUGCAUAGCCAUGACUAUCGAACUCCAGAAAAAUAUACUGGAAAAACUGUUUUGAUUCUUGGAUCAGGACCGUCUGGAAUCGAUAUUGGAAUAGAAAUUACUCACUAUGCUAAUCAUGUUUAUUUAAGUCAUAAUCGUGAUAGAUUGAUUAGUCCAUUGCCAUCGAAUAUGACUGAAACAAUGGGUGUAGAAUUUAUCAAUGGAAACGACUUUCAUCUUAAAGAUGGGACAACGGUAACUGCUGAUGCCUUCUUACUUUGUACAGGAUAUAAAUAUUCAUUCCCAUUUUUGAACGAAACAUGUAAAGUUAAAGUAAUAAAUGGUAAUCAUGUGACACCGCUCUAUAAACAUUUAAUUAAUAUUCAACAUCCCAAAAUGGCAAUUGUGGGAGUACCGUCUCGAGUUAUUCCUUUUCCUAUGUUUCACAUGCAGAUUCAAUAUUUCUUGAGCAUUCUUUUGGGUGAAACUAAUUUACCAUCACAGGAAAAAAUGUCAGAAGAAUUAGUUUCACAAACGUCUAAAUAUCCUCAUGCAUUUGAGCCUGGAUAUCAAUGGGAAUAUAAUGAUUGGCUAGCAAGUGAAGCCAAAAUAGAAAAAUUACCUGAAUUUUAUAAAUAUGGAUACAGUGAGUGGACAACUAAGAGAGCAACAAAUUUGUUGAAAUACAAAAAUUCUACAAUAGUUAUUGAAGAAGAUGGCAAAACAGUGCGAUUUAUUAUUUGAUUUUUGUAAAACGAACAGUGAAAGCGAACAAU